GGUGGGCUACCCCGCCAUGAAGCCGGCAAGCCAUGGCGGAAGCCGUGCGGCAAGCAGCCCAUUGGCGAUAGACGACAUUGUAGGUGCUCAGUGGGCGGUGUCUUGUCCGUAGCAGUCGAAACCUUGGUCUAAACUCUCUCGCUUGACGCCGGUACUCUGUAUCACCAGUAGGGCGCUUUUCAGCCAAGUUUCACAACAUGGCAUCAGGGGAGGAUGGUUCAAAGAGAAAAGUGGCGUUGAUUUCGGGAAUUACUGGACAGGAUGGAUCUUACCUUGCGGAGUUUCUUCUGGGAAAAGGCUACGAAGUUCAUGGAAUAAUUCGUAGGUCCAGCUCGUUCAACACUGGUCGAAUUGAGCAUCUCUACAAGGACCCGAAAACCCAUCAACAAGGAUCCAUGCAACUCCACUAUGGUGACCUAACGGACAGCUUGUGUUUGGUCAAGCUCAUUAGGCAGACAAAUCCCACAGAAAUAUACAAUUUAGGUGCCCAGAGUCAUGUAAAAGUCUCUUUUGACUUGAGUGAGUAUACAGCCAAUGUGGACGCACUUGGCACCCUGCGCAUUUUAGAAGCAAUCAGGGUGUGUGGUUUGGAGCACAAGGUGAAGUUCUACCAGGCUUCAACUAGUGAGCUAUAUGGAAAAGUUCAAGAGAUACCACAAAAGGAGACUACUCCAUUUCAUCCUAGGUCGCCGUAUGGCGUUGCAAAACUGUAUGGAUACUGGAUUGUUGUCAACUACAGGGAAGCCUACAACAUGUUUGCUGUAAAUGGCAUACUCUUUAAUCAUGAGAGUCCCAGGAGAGGUGAGACAUUUGUAACAAGAAAAAUCAGUAGGUCUGUCGCAAAGAUACAUUUGGGCCAGUUGGAAUGCUUUGAGCUAGGCAACCUAGACUCAAAGCGAGAUUGGGGCCAUGCAAAGGAUUAUGUUGAGGCUAUGUGGCUAAUGCUUCAAGAAAAGGAGCCAAGUGAUUUUGUGAUUGCCACUGGUGAAUACCACAGCGUUCGUGAGUUCGUCGAGGUGGCCUUCAAGCACAUUGGCCGAACUAUUGUGUGGGAAGGGUCAGGCCUGGAUGAAGUUGGAAAAGAAAAGGAAAGUGGUGCUGUUAGAAUAAAGGUCAACCCAAAGUAUUUUCGCCCUGCAGAAGUGGACUUCUUGCUUGGAGAUGCCAGCAAGGCCAAAGAGAAACUUGGUUGGGAAAGGAGGAUCUCAUUUCAGGAGCUAGUCAAAGAAAUGGUCGAUUCUGACAUUGCCUUGAUGAAGAAGAACCCAUCUGCAUAGGACCUCUUCAGAAGUAUUGCCUACCAGAAUGCGAUAUUUUUAUGUGGAUUCUCAGAAGGACAUUCAUGAAGAAAGUUAGAUAGUCAGUGCAGUUCACAUGCCUUUGAAGGGCUCAGUCAUUUUAUAAACAGUGUUUUUUUUUUCGUACCAAUAUUUGUAGAAUUUAGCACCCACUAUACUGGUGCUGAUUUAUGGGUGGGCGAGUAUGGGAAUAUUUUAUUGCACUCUUGUUCUAGUUGUUACGAGGGAGGGCAUUAUUUUUACUUUCUACAGUAUACAUGGUUGUUAAAAACCAAGAAUGGGAUCCUGGUACCUGCGAUUUUUGGGAACAACAAAAAUGUUCUUGUGCCGAAUUUUUUUGUCGAGAAAUAAAAAAAAAAGCUGUCAGAAAAA